AUGGCGAACUGUCUAGAUAAGUCCAAGUAUACCUACAGUCUACAACCAUAUAUAUUGACCAUAGUCAUAGUUGUUGUAGUAGAUGACUCAGCAAAUGGAAUGUGGUCAGACGAUGGAAGUCCAUACCUGCCAAACAGUUGGAGCAGUUCCUGUUCUGGUUGUACUUGUCAGUAUAAGCAAGGUUUAUAUGAACUCGGAACAUGUACAAAUAGUACAUAUGUGAGUGGAAUCACAAUUGCAUAUGUCACAGCUGAAACAUUUCCCGUAACCGCAACUUCCAUAAACUUCUUCGGAUGUUCUUUCACAAGUAUUUCAGAAGAUACAUUUACCCACAUAACUGGUUUAACUACACUGAAUUUGAUAGGAAAUGCUAUAACAGUGGAUUCCAAAUACAAGGGUACACUUCCAGAUACUAUAGAAUAUCUGGCAUUGAAUAGCAACCAAAUUCAUUGGUUACCUCCUGGAUUUAUCAAUGGUUCAAAUCUCCGAUUAGUAUUCAUUAGUCAAAAUGGAUUUACACAUUUACCACACCAGAUUUUUAUGGAAGGAAACUUCACUGAACUUAUAGAAUUAUAUGCUGAGAACAAUCUUAUUAGAAAUGUAGCAGAGCUGGAAGAGAGAGCGUAUGGAGUCAAAAGAAGACCAAUUUAUCUCCAGAAAAAACAAAAUUUUUCAGCUUUUACCACAACUCCUAAUAUUGUCAAGUUGUAUUUACAAAACAAUUUGAUAGAGAUGAUAAACAAUACAGAUUUCUGUGGACUACAGGGUUUAGAGUUGUUGAAUCUACAAAGCAAUGUAUUGAAUGAGACGCAUAUUCAGGAGGAAGGGUUUAAAUGUUUACCUGUAAUGAAUGAUUUAUAUCUUCAGAAUAAUCAGAUUAUAGCUGUUGAAAACAACACCUUUCCUGCACAACUCAAAAUACUGUACCUUGAUAACAAUAGAAUAGUAGCUGUAGAAGAUGGUGCUUUCCCUUAUCAAGUAAAUACAAUAUAUAUGAGGAAUAAUGAUUUCCGAUUUAUACAUGCGCAUCCGUUCUCAUACUUGUCUCAGCUGAGGUCGUUAUAUUUAGGCAACAAUGCCGUAGACUACAUUCCAGAUGAUGCAUUUAUCAAUGCUACCAGCUUAGCAUAUCUGCAACUCUCAAGCAACACGAUUACACAGAUAAAGAAAGUACACUUCAAGAACUGUCCCUUGACAUCUGGUUUGUAUUUAUCUAGCAAUGAAAUUGGAUGGAUAGAAGAUGGAUCUUUGAAUCAUGUCACAUCUUCUGGAACACUUGAUUUCUCGUACAACAGACUGUACAAGUUGCCUCUAAAUGGAACCUUCCAUGACUUGUCAUUGUCAAGUGGAUUAUACCUACAGAACAACAGACUAUCUGCCAUACUACCAGACACAUUUAAAACAUUUAGCUGUAAUGUACUUUAUUUACAAGAUAACAGAAUCACACGUAUUGAAUCCGGAGCCUUCCAAGAUGUCAGAGCAAAUACGUUGAAUUUUUACAACAACAAACUAAGAGUUAUAGAAUCAAAUGCCUUUACUACUGUGCAUGCAGAUACAUUUUCAUUCACUGGAAAUCUGGUUAGAGAAAUUCAGUCUCAUGCAUUCAAUGGGACAUCCUGUAGUUAUUUCUAUAUGCAGAACAUGAAUCUGGGAGUCAUACCAUCUUAUGCUUUUACAGAUUUUACUUGUGGUAGAGUUAACCUGCAGUCAAGCUCAAUAACUGACAUUAAAAAACAUGCAUUUUACAACUUCAGAGUUAAUUAUAACUUGUAUCUCUAUAAUAAUCAACUAAACACCAUAUCCUCUUCUAUCUUUGGUGGAACAUCCUAUGUAAAAUACCUGCAAAUAUACAACAACGGAUUAACCAGUAUUACGUCUGAUGGAUUUCGUAAUGUUGAUGUGGAUUACAUUUACCUACAAAACAAUGGACUGACCGUCUAUCCCAUAGCCUUGAAUGAAAUUACUCCACUUCAAAUAUAUUUGAACAAUAAUGAGAUCAGUGUAAUACCUACAGGAUCAUUUGAUAGUCAGACUAGAUUACAACAUUUAUAUAUGUUUAACAAUAAUGUUGAACAAAUAUCAUCUGGUCUCUUACCUCCAGCUACUAAUUUGAGAACCAUUGAUUUCCAUGAGAACCAGAUCCAAUAUAUAGAAGAAGGAUCAUUUACUGGACUGACUUCUUUACAGACAUUAGAUUUAGGACAAAAUGUCAUACCAUACUUCCCAUCUGUCAUACUACCAGCCAUCAGAACCCUUGACUUGGCAGAUAAUAGGAUUGAGGCAUUAGGAGUCCUCAAUCUGGGAGGAAGUGUGAAUUUAGACAAUAAUUUCCUUGGUUGUGAGUGUUCAACAGUGGAAAGUUUGUACAAUGUAAAGGAUGGCCUAUCUGCCAAUACCAUGUGUUACAGUCCUACAGCAUUACAAGGGGUUCUAUUUGCCUCAUCACAAUCCAACAGUCCUGACCACUUCACUAAGAAAGAUGUGGCAUUGUUCCAGUGUAGUGGUGAAAAUAUUAAAGGCACAGUAGUAUCAAGUACAAAUAUAACUAUAACAUGGUCCAGACCAUCAUACUUGUAUUAUCUAUUUAAUACUAGUAAUGAUGGAAUAUUUAGUGACAUGUACCAGUAA